ACAUCGUAACAGCUUAGGGCGUCACAUCCGCCCCCGAGCAUUCCGUUAAAUCUGACGGAAAUCGUCGCCCCCUGGCUUCUACACGUGGCGCUUCCCAUUGCCGGAGAGCGAGCGGCGUCACCCCCUCUGCCUCUGCUCUCACGUCUCUUGUUGCUCAUUUGAACCCUCUCGAUUUCUCUCUCGUCUCCGCCUUUUUUCUCUCUGGAGCUGAUCUCGGUCGCUAACGGCUGUCGUUGCUUCCGAAGGGAAGCUCUCAGAGCUCCGCUUUGCGGUUGCUGGUCUCGAUCGGAACAGGGGAAGCGAUUCUUGGAAGAUCUCGGAUCUGAUACGGGUUCUUGAUCAUUUCUUGUUCUUGGUAGUGAAAACGAGAAUUCUGGGUUCAUCGAUCUCGUGUCUCGCUAUUUGAGGUAGAUCGGUCCCCAAUUCUUUCAUGCCAACAGAUCCUUCAAAACCGGAUCCUUAAAAAAAUCGAAGUCGGAUUCGGAUCCGACCCAUUUCCACUCUAAGAAGGCUCUCCUUUGCCUCAGCGCCUGUCCCCGAGACACGCCGCCGGCCCUCCAUCCCUCCUUCCUUUCUUGGCAGGGCCUGGCCGUCCAAGAACUACCCAUCCCUCUCCCGCUCUUCUUCAUCAGGAAGUUAACUUACUAUUAAGUCAUCACUCCAAGGAAUUGAUGAAUGGCACUUCCAUAUCCAGCAAUAGCAUCCGGGCAGCCUUCUCUUACUGCGUGCAGCAAGUGCGCAGUUAUGAUUAUCACCACUACCUUUGCCUUCUUCACCUUCCCCCAGCCAUGCGGAAGGCUGCAUUUGCCCUCCGUGCUUUUAAUGUUGAAACCGCCCGGGCUAUGGAUGUUGCUUCCGAUCCCAAGAUAGGUCUUAUGCGCCUCUUCUGGUGGCAAGAAGCUAUCGAUAAAAUAUUUGCCAACAAGCUAAUAGAGCACCCAGCAGCUCAAGCCCUCUCUUCAGUGAUUUCGGAGCAGAAAAUCAGCAAGCAUUGGCUCAAAAGGUCUGUGCAGGCCCGGAUAAAUGAUGCAAGCAGAGAAGAGCAUGCUAUCCCAGAAACUAUAGGGGAUUUGGAGGGGUAUGCAGAGGAUACUGUAUCUACCAUUCUGUAUGCAACUCUUCAAGCUGGUGGGAUUCGGUCCACUGCAGCUGAUCAUGCUGUGUCACAUAUUGGGAAAGCGAGUGGACUGCUAUUGCUGCUCAAAUCUCUGCCUCACCAUGCAAGUCAUCAUGGGAGAAUACCUUACAUUCCAGCUGAUGUAGCAGCUAGACAUGGGUUGCUAAUAACAGGGAAUGGCCGGUCUGACAUUAGGAUGGAGUCAGGUGAGGGAUUAUCAGAUGCUGUUUUUGAGGUGGCUUCCAUUGCUAACAUUCACUUGCAGAAGGCACGGGAGUUGGCUAAAACAGUUCCUGCUGAGGCUGUUCCUGUGCUUCUUCCAGCAGUGCCUGCUCAGGUCCUGCUGGAUUCUCUAAAACAUAGGCAAUUCAACGUGUUUGAUUCAAGGAUAUCACGUGGUGUCUUGGGGAUCUCUCCUCUGUGGUAUCAGUUAAAGCUGAAGUGGCAUGCCUGGAGAAACACAUACUAAAGUUUGACAUUCUUGAAUAGAAAGGUUUUUCCAAGUUGUUACGCACUUGGUUUUUUUCUUAAAAUUCCAAGGAGAGUCGAACUGAUGUGAGAAACUGUUCUCGUGUCAGCUAUUGCCAUCUUCAAUUUAGAAGAGCAUGAAAGAAAAUCCUGUUGGUUAUAGGAAUAAGAUUAUUUUUGUUAGAUGAAAAAGGCCUUGCACUUUAUGUCUCUUGGGUGCUGGAAUAUUUAAACGAGACAGGUUUUUGUGAAGUUGUUUCCAUAUAUCCACUCUGCAUGAGAAUCGGCUAAACAAUUUUGGACUUGGCAAAGUGAAGCAAGGCUAUGAUCCGUCUGAUCAUCUGUAUGUGGAAUCAUUUUGUCCCAAUAUCAUGCAUGCUUUUAGGCAAUAAUUUUGUGGUGGAAUCAAUUUUUGGUCUGCAGUGAAAAUUCUUGUUAUCAGGGGUAUACAUUCAAGCAAAAGAAAUUAUUAUGAACUUGUGCUUUGGGAGGUCAUUCCCUAAGGUUUCUGAAAAGAA